CAGCAAAACUUGUUUGUUGACGUUUUCCUCGAUUACCUCAGUCUACUAAUUUUCAAUUCUACAACAAAAAAAAUAACAAAACAACAACGCAAAAGUCAAGUAAAUUUGGUUCAUCAAUUGGUUUGUGCAGCAAUUUAAUAGCCAGGCGGAAGAUAUUAGCUUAAUUUUCGCAGUGGUUCUACAUCUCCCACACAAAAUUAUUUCAUAGUAAAAAUUUUAAGUGAAAACUAAUUCUAAAAGUUUAUGAUAAAUUGCGGAGUGUCGAGUGGAGAAAAGAUUGCAAAAUAUUGCCAGAAGAAAAAUACAACUGUUUGGUUGAACUUUGAUCAACCGACGUAGUGUGACGUGAGCAUUAACUAUCGGUCACCACUGCUCCGUCCUGUUUGGAAUUAAGCGAAGUGACAAAAAUAAAAGAACACAAUAAAAACACGGAGUUGUUGGUGAUACUUAGGAGAGAGGCGAUAGAAGGCGAGCGGAUAAGCAGGUGAAUAAAACAGUAUAAAAAUAUGGAGUGUAAUGAGCCGACAGCUGGGGUCACAUUGGGCGCUGAAAUGAUUGUUAGCGACAGUGGAAAAACGCCAGUUGACAAGCUAAGUUCAGUCAUAGAUGAGCAGUUACCUAACGGCAAUAAUAUGUUCACAACACCACCAUCGCCACCGCCCUCACCCAAAUCGCUGCCCUCCUCGUCAGCUGCCUCAACAGUCUCGUCUGCUGAAUUGCGAACAUCGCAAUUUGACGAUCAACCGAUGGCGGAGUCGUUAACUGCAGAGCCUGAGGAAGAUGCAGCGCCCGCUUUGCAGCCCUUAUACGCACAAUUGCUUGAGCAGUGCAUUGAACAUGCCAACCACUUCAGAGAGGAUCCUUCGGAAAAGGGACAGCGUCUGUAUGGCGCGUUUGUCGCCUGGCAGGAUUUUAUACGUUUGGCGAACAAGCUGGUGCUACAGAUAGGCGCUUUCGCUCACAAAUACGACUUUGACGAGCAUACGCCGGGUAAUGGCUAUCGCAGCUUUAUAGCUGUAACGAAUGCAUCCAUCACAUAUGGACAAAAUAUCUGCAAGAAUCUCCAUGCAACGCGUGCCACAAUGUUUUUUCGUAAGAAAUACUACAUGAAGGAGGUGGAGUCGUGCUCGCAGCUGCUCUCCUCGUUGUGCACUUGCCUGCAUUAUUUGCUUAUCAUGCAUGAUUGGUCUUGCGAUUCGGGUGACUUGUUCGCCAAUGGACAUCACUCGGCGGAGGAAUUGUUCGAACUGGGCGAUACGAUCAAUCAGUAUGCCUUCUAUGGUCGUUGCCUUGGGUUUCAGUAUGACAAUUCGAUACGCGGUGUGCUGCGUUUCAUUUCAAUUGGUAUGGCGAGCUUCUCCGAAGUGUUCUAUGCUCAAAGUGAGGGUAAAAUCACCAAGACGACACGUGGCCUCUGGACAGGCAGCAAAUAUUUUUUGAAUCCAGAGCAAUGCGCGCGACGCAUUGUGAAUAUUUCGCAGAAUGCUAAAAUCGACUUUUGUAAAGCCUUUUGGUUUCUCGCCGAAUCGGAGAUGAUGCAUACCAUACCGACUAUUGUCGGAAGUUCGGUGAAAGUGAAUCGUGUGAUUGAAAUACCGCCAGAGCGAUUGCAGUUGCCGCGUGUUACAAAGUCACAAAAGCUACGCACUGCGACCGAUGUAAAUCAAAAUGACAAUGCCGAACUGAUCGAUAUACCUUUACCAACCGCACACAUCGGUCCCGGCAAUUCAAUACGCGUGCGCUUGUUGAGUUAUACGCGUCGGGAGGGCAUGAUCGGUGAGGGAAUAUUUGCACGUAGUUGGCGUCGCCUACCAGCACGCAGCCGCAGCGUACUGUUCCAUUGUCAUGGUGGCGGUUUUGUGGCGCAGUCAUCGAAGUCGCACGAGCUCUACCUACGCGAUUGGGCUGCGGCGCUUGACGUGCCGAUUAUCUCUGUGGAUUACAGUCUCGCACCCGAGGCGCCCUUUCCACGCGCACUCGAGGAAGUAUUUUACGCUUACUGCUGGAUGUUGCGUAAUGCCGAGCAUUUAGGCACAACCGCUGAGCGCAUUGUGCUUGCUGGCGAUUCGGCGGGUGCAAAUCUUUGCAUUGGUGUGGCGCUAAAGUGCAUUGAACAGGGUGUACGUAUACCGGACGGCUUGUUUUUGGCCUAUUGCCCGACCUUAAUUAGCUUCGUGCCGAGUCCGGCGCGUCUGUUGUGCCUCAUGGAUCCGUUGUUGCCUUUCGGUUUUAUGAUGCGUUGCUUGCGCGCUUAUGCCUCACCCGAACGCGAGCAGAUGCAGGCGAACGCAAAACAUGUAUCCGAAAUGUCUGAUAUUCGCAACGCAACACCGUCACAAGAGCGGCAUUUCACCUUACAAAUGGAAAAAGAGUACAGUGCGGCGUCCAGCAGGCGUACAUCGGCAGCGAAGAGCCCGAUAUCAUCGGUCGCGGAGAAUUCGAAGUGGGAGCAAAUGUUAAAAGACGGCACUGCAUUGGACAUGAAUGCUAUGGCGGCAGAUGCUGAGACGGAAGAGAGCAGUGAUACUUUUGCGAGCGCAUCCUAUCACAGCCAGACAGUUGAACGUACCGAUUUACCAUCCGCCGAGGAGGAUAACAGUCUUUGUGUUUCCUUCGAAGACGACUCUCAGCCAAUCGUGCACUACCCCAUACAACUGACUGCCGAAACGCAAAAAGAUUCGGACUCAGAGCAGUACAUUGAUCGCUUUUUGGACCAAUAUCUCAUCGACACAAACACACAAGAGGCCACGGAGCAAAAAGUCAAUGGCUGUAAGGUGACUAAUGGCACAACAUAUACGAAUUGCAUCGCGCCAACAAUAGCGCGCACAGCAUCCGAAGAGAAUAUCAUCAUUGAUACCGGCAAAGAAGUGAUCGCCUUUGAAACCAUACAUGGCCGUUUCAAUAAUGCCUUCAAUGCGCUUACAACGACCUUCGAUCGUUACACUAAAUCGAGUGAGAUUCGCGGCGAUGCGCCGCAUAGCGAGCGCAUUAAAGAUUUGCGCAACAUGGAUGCGUUGAUAGCGCGUAGCCCUAGCUUAGAGUUUGCCUUUCAAGUGCCAAAAGAUCCCUUCCUAUCGCCCUAUUGGGCAAGCGAUGAGUGGCUUAAGCAGCUGCCAAACACAAAGAUUUUGACGCUCGAUAUGGAUCCCUGUCUCGAUGAUUGCGUCAUGUUUGCGCGUAAGCUUAAGAAAUUGGGUCGCCCAGUGACAUUGGAGAUAUUGAAGGGCCUACCACACGGCUUUCUGAACUUUACAAUGUAUUCGAGCGAGGCGCGUGACGGUUCCAAGCAUUGCAUUGCAAGCCUUAAAGAACUGCUGUCAAUUCCUGCGGAUAUUCCAUUGAAUGGUCAUGCUACAGGAAGUAAAUAAUUAAUGUUGUAACAGUUUCAUAAUAUUUUUACGAUAUACACACUGAAAUACUUUAUAAAUUAUUAAGGCAACAUGAAGCAAACAAAGUAUGGGAUUUAUCCUUUAUUAAAUAAAUAUACUAAUAGCAGGGUAUAGAGUGAGUAUUAGUAUGAGUAUUCAUAUAAAAUUCAUUAUGCAUAAUAUGAAAUACUAAAAAUAUUAGUCACAUGCUGAUUUCAAAUGCGAAACCAGUUUUAACAGCAAAAACAAAAAAAUUGUAAAUCAUUCGAAAAAGCAAUUGUAUUAUGGCAGCAAAUGCAGAUUGUGAUAGGUUAAGUGUAUAAUUUAUUUUUGCUUUAUUUAAUGCUUCAAUUUAGUUAAUUAAUUUAUUUUUUGUUAUGCUAUCAACACCUUUUAAAUACGCUAAUUUCCUUAUCUCGAAUUUUUAAUUAAUAAGUAAGCGUAACGAACUUGUUUUGAAAAGAAGCGCGGACACGUGCAGGUUUUAUUUUCAAUUUUUAUAUUUUAUUUAUUUAUUUUUGUGCCGGCUAAGUAUA